AUGCGCUGCUUAGCCAAGGCAGCAGUGUUCUUGGUAGGGCCCGCCGUUGUCAACGCCCUGGCCGCCCCUCCGCCUACGAAUGUUGCGGCUAAUGAUUCCGCGACCGAUGCUGGCUCUGAAGCCGCGCCUGUACUCCUGUGGCGAAAUGAUAAGAACGCCGUCGUGAGAUUUGGAGCUUUAUACCAGGGAAGCGUGGUUGUCGGGAACAAUGGCUUUCUUCUGGAGUUCAAUGCUGGUUUAGCUAGCGAACCUUGUGAGGAGGAAAAUGUGUUCCUCAACGGACAGGAAUUGAUACAUACAUGGGAUGGGAAUGCUGGUCAUGGAUCCGGAACCAUCAAGACGCUGCCAUUCGACAAUGCAGUUUCUGCACCACUUUCCGCUACUUGGGAAAGCCUCUGCAUCCCUCCUCAGGCGGGUUUACGCGACAAUCGCACCGUCCAGCUUCUUACAGUCAAGAUAAACAGCAUUGGAGAAGAACAAGUCGAGGACGAGUCUGUUGGGUUUACGGCAUCCUUCGUGCAGACGGAUGUGCCAGAGAUACUUCGACUGGAAACACACUCUCUCAACAUAUCAUCAAAUGACAUGGCUCUCGACGCAUGGCGCGACCCGUACGAGUCACAAAGGCUCGAGAACCAGCCGAACGUCCUCGAAGUCGGAGAUGAUAAACUGGAGAAGCAGAUAGAACGAGAAAUGAAGAAGCUACAGGAUUUGAAAACUCAGGCGGUCGAAAUCCGAAAACAAAUCGCUGAGGAAGAGGAGAAGAUCCGUCAACUGUUGCGACAGGACUGCAGGCCACUUGUGUCUAAAUGGAAACAGUGUCGGAGUAUUGGAUGCAUGAUCAAAGUUUCGUUGCAGACUGUCCCCGAAAUGAUCCAGCAACUGAGGUAUCAGUUUGCUCCGUUACCGACAUCAAUGUCUGGAAAGUUGGCCCCGAUCUGCAGUCAAGAUGGGGGGCCUCCUAGGAACGGGCCUGAUCCGCUUCCAACUCGUCCUGAUCAAGGGUUUCCUGCUUCCGUAAUUCAGGGGAACUAUACAAACGUCACAUCAGACCGCAUCCCUGAUGGUGGGACGAAAACACCUUUUAUACCUCCGCCUAACAUGCCUUUUCCUGAUGACUCUGACCCAGAUAAGCCAUCACCCGGGUCUAAUUUGUCUCUGCAUGAUAAGAUUAGAGCAUUCGCAAGAUCCUGUUCCAUUAUCCUUUUGAUUGCUACUCUCUCUACUCUCGUCUUCAGGUUGUGCCGUGACUCCAUGACCUGCCGUAGACGAAGGGCAGACUUGGCCGCGAGACGAGAAGAACGACGGGCCCGUCGCGCGUACAGAUCUGCAGCAAGACGCUAUAGAUGGAGACAGUGGUGGGAGGGUAGAACUCCCCAGCGCAGACCAGCAGCAUCAGCGAAUCAGGGGCUUGAUCCCGCUGAAGACGCUGAGCAGGGCCAGACUAUCAACUUGAUUUCUCAUCGCGAGCCUGAAGAGGGCGCCAUGCAGGCUGAAAUAUUAGGUCUACGCCGGGUUUUCGAGUUUGUCGGCGAAUUAAUUCGAAAUGACGACGACCAAGAUCAGAACCGUCGGCCUCGACGACAAUCACGUUAUGAGAUUGAAGAACUGCCCCGUUCUGGAUCUCUGUCGAGAAGUUCCCCGCCUUCAUCAAGUGCCGGAUUGACGACGUCUCUCAACUCGCCAAGAACGAGCAGUUUAAUGAGUCUCGACACUGUCUCGUCAGUGACUUUGGAGACGCUGGAUACACUAGAUUCAGAGCCUCCUGGUUACUACGGCUAA